AAGAAGAAAUAAUUAACAUACAUAAAAGAGCGUCGCAGAAAGAGUCUGUUAUAUUUGGUGGGAGUGGUCACCGGUCAAACACAAAGCAGCAGCAGCUCAGCUUCGUAUUGCUCCGGCCAGUCAUUAAUCAGGUCUGCAUUAAAAUCCCAGACACUUUCUUUAUUUCUACAUUGCUGCUUGCGGAACAUAGAGAUUGCUUGUACUUCACUGAGGCCAUUGAUUGCUCUUAGGUCUCACUUGCGUGCAGCAGAGCCAAAACUUGAUUCACCCUAUUGGAACAAGGAUGGAGCAAGUCUUCACUUACACAGCUUGCCGACAGUUGUCUCAGAUGUUUGCGGCCAUGAUCUUUUUUCAUGUUUCAGAAUAUAUUCUAGCAGCCAGCAUUCAUGGGAAGAAAAAUGUUACUCUUAAAUCUCUUCUGAUCAGCAAAAACUACCUUGUUGCAAUGAUCUUUUCCUUGCUGGAGUACUUUAUUGAAAUCAUUUUGUUCCCUGGCAUGAAAGAGUACUGGUGGGUCAGCAAUUCAGGCCUUGCAAUGGUUAUAGUAGGGGAAAUCAUUAGGAAGAUGGCAAUAAUCACAGCUGGUCGGUCAUUCACUCAUCUCAUAAGGACUCGUCCCUCAGAGCAUCACCAAUUGGUUACGGAUGGAAUUUAUAGAGUUGUUCGACAUCCUGGUUACUGUGGUUUCUUCAUCUGGUCAGUGGGCACUCAGAUAAUGCUUUGUAAUCCCAUAUCAACAAUAGCAUUUGCACUAGUAGUUUGGCGCUUUUUUGACCAAAGAAUUCCAUAUGAAGAGUUCUACUUGAGACAGUUUUUUGGGUCACAGUACGAGGAAUAUGGGAGGCGGGUUCCUUCUGGGGUGCCUUUUGUGAAGUGAAGAUCGAAGCAUUGCUGUGAGCACAGUUGAAUUGCUAUUGUUAGCCUCUUUUUGUCUGCGGCUCAGUCGUCACUUGCAAAUCACUUGACAGGUUAAAGGUGUUAAGGCUAGUUUGUUGUUGUAGUUUAUAGUUGCUGAAACUGAAAGGUUUAUGAGACAAUCAAUAUACCAAUUUGUUCGCAUAAUGUAUAAUGGUGGGAUGAACCAAUAUUGGCAAGGCUCUUCCACAAGAACAAAUCUUUCUGUAUAAACGGUUUCUGUUUACCUUGAAUUCAGAUCAUCAUGAACAAGUCUUUUGCUGUGCAUGGUUUCUUG